GCAUAUCGAGAGCGGACGGACGGACGGCGGUCGGCCGAGUUUUAGUCGUAAUAAGCGGGCACGAAGUCAGUUAUCUCGCUGAAUGUGCCGCAGCCUCGCCGCCUGUGAGUGAACGCGCGGAGCUGAGGAGACCAGGAGCGCACCGUGCGCCUCGGUGCCCGAGCGCCGCUCGCCGUGAGCGCUGAGGAGCCGCCGGCCGCCCGUCUGAACGGCGGCUGAGGAGUUUGGAUUAACCGGGACAGCGGCGUGAAGUCGGAGCUACUCCUGUUCCCCCGCGGGGUUUGGAGGCGCUGCAGCGACGCGAGAGGCUCAGUGGAGACAUGCUGUGCUGCAUGAUGAUCAAGAGAACAGAAACCACUCCAACGUAUUGAUGUUGGUUAGAGUGUCACAGCUGUUACCUAGCAGUGCUGAGAAUGACCCACCACCCAAACAGUACCUGCUCUGUGAGGGUCCAUGGGGGUCCUGACCACUGAAGAACAGGGUAACAGAGUAUCAGAGAAACAGAUGGACUACAGUCUGUAACUGUAGAACUACAGAGAGCAGCUAUACAUGCAUUUGCAGUGCCACGUGGGAUGGCUCUCAUCUUCACUCUGCUUCUUCCCCUCCUCCUGGGCGUGCUGGGAACUCCGCUGGUCUGCAGCCACUAUCCCCGCUUCUCCUCCAACGACACUGCAUUCCAGCAUCUGGCCUUGCAUCCUGACCCUGCCGUGGGCACGGUCUAUGUGGGCGCACGUGAUCACCUCUACCAGCUGGCCAGCCUAGACGGCUUGCGUCUGGAGGUUGAGGAGCGGACAGGUCCGGUGAGGGACAGCAAGGAAUGCCUCCCGCCUGUAACCUUGGACAACUGCCCCCAGGCCCGACUGGUCAGUAACCACAACAAGCUGCUGCUGGUGGACCCCUACUCCCUCCAGCUCAUUACCUGCGGCAGCGCUCAUCAGGGCACCUGCCAGAAACGAAGCCUGGCUAGCGUCAGCAAUGUUUUGUUCUCUGCUGAGAGGCCUGUGGACACGCAGUAUGUAGCCGCUAACGACCCAGCCGUCUCCACCGUUGGUCUCGUGGUAAGACCACGAGAUGGGGCCCCGUCCCUCCUCUAUGUAGGACGAGGUUACACAAGCAGCCACCCACCAAUCUCAACGCGCCAGCUUUCAGCCGAACCCAUUUUUUCCUACGAGGAGACGGCUAAACUGGCCGUGGCUGGCCGGCUCUCGGAGUACGACCACAAUUUUGUAGCCACCUUCACGCAUCAUAACCACGUUUACUUCUUGUUCUACAGGCGCAAUAUCAAAGGAGCUUCUCGGGAAUACAUCACGUAUGUUGCACGGGUGUGUCUGGAUGAUCAAGCGUACUAUUCCUAUGUUGAAGUUCCUCUAGCGUGCCGCUCUGGCUCAACUGGGAGAAACUACAACCUCCUGCAGGGGGCGCAGGUCGGCGGAAACGAGGCGGGCGAGGGGCAGGUUCUGAUGGCGGUGUUUUCCACCGCGCUCAGUGCGGCCAGCAAGCCAAGCGAGGAAUCGGCACUUUGCGUUUAUGCACUGGAUGAACUGGAUGGCCAUAUUGAUGCCACACGAGACCUGUGCUACACACAGGACGGCCAGAAAGAGGGCAGAAAGGUGGCGUAUAUCGAGUACGAUGUCAAAUCCAGCUGUGCCAACCUUCCCACGAACACACUGAAAGCUUACCCCUGCGGCUCAGACCACACCCCUAGUCCAAUGGCCAGUUGGGAGCCGGUGGAAGCUGAGGCGGUGUUGGACAGCCCUGCUCGUCUGACUGCUGUGGCGGUCAGCGUGAGGGAGGGGCACUCUAUUGCUUUUCUGGGAGACUCCAAAGGAAAUUUGCACAAGGUGUUCCUGGGGAGGUCAGGAGAAGUGAAGAAUUACUCCACUCUUUCCAUCCAGCCUGACUCUCCUAUUAACAGAGACCUACUGCUGGAUUCUUCGCAGAAACACCUGUACAUUAUGACCAGCAAUACUGUUGAGAAAAGGCCUGUAGCCGAGUGUGAAAGACACAAAGACUGCCAGUCCUGUCUCGCAGCCCGCGAUCCUUACUGUGGCUGGUGUGUCCUCGAGGGCAAGUGUGGAGUGCGUUCCGACUGCAGGCGAGGCUCGGGUCAAGGCCACUGGCUGUGGAGUUUUGACGAGGAGCAGAAAUGUUUGAGGGUGGAGUCACUGAGCCAGCACAACAUCAGCAUUGGAGAGCAGCAGAACGUGGCUCUGGAAGUGCCAGGCUUGCCCAGCCUCUCUGAUGGGGAGGAAUACUCCUGUUUCUUCCAGGAAACACAGAGUACUGCCACUGUUAAUGCCACUACAGUCACUUGCUCCACUCCUCCAGCCCACAGGAUUCCUACUGUGCCUCACGGACAGGAUUCUUUGACAGUCACUCUGUCUCUACGCUUCCUGAAUGUAACUGUGGCAGUUCAGGAGUUCACCUUCUAUGACUGCUCGCUUGUGCAGCAGCUGUCAGGCACCAUGCCAUGUAUAGGGUGUGUGAGUAGUCGCUGGAGGUGUAACUGGUGCAUCCAUCAGCACGUGUGCACGCACCAGGCCAUGUGUGACCGAGGGGUGAUCAUAUAUAAUCAGCAUUUCAAACUACCAGCUUCUUCUCCCACGACAACAAGCGACUUUACUAAGUUCACGACAUCAAUGCCCGUACGUCCUACCACGGCGCCACACAAAGAAUCCAUGCCAACCACAGCUGUAGCCGUGAGUGCUCUUCCGGUGGCCCCUCCCAGCACUCCAGAGCCUGCUGUAAUCCCUUCAACAACCAUGGGAACUACACCCCCCCUCCGCAACCUGCCCACCACAUUCCAGCAUACCAUGCCUUCCUCAACCCAACAGGCUCCAACCACAGUGGCAGGGGCCGACACUCUGCUUAAAGACAGCAUAGCAGGUAGGAAGGUGGCACAUGUGGGUUUGCUGUCAACACCUGCUCCUGGUGGCCAUGGUGAAGACACGGCUGAUGUGUCCCAUAAAGAGUCAGCUGUAGACUCGGUUACAGUUCCCGCCUCAACUGCCCUUUCUGGGGAUGCGGGCGCAAUGGGGCCACUGGGUGAAGCGCUGCCCCCCUCCUCUACCGCUGUAGUAACCCUUUGGUCAGAGGAGAAUGACGACGGGGAAGCCUCUCUUGAGACCGGGCCUCCGGUGUCCUCUGCCUCCGCUCCGUCUGGAGACGGCGAGGAAGAACCCAUCUCAACUGAGUUCUCUCACGCUCAAGAUGUGAACUACCAGUCCGAUCCAGCUGAGUUUUUCCUCCCGCAGGGCGAUGAGGAUUCGCUGGUCAGUGGGGGGUCCUUUGCCUGUCCAUGUGUUGAAACUGUUCAGGGGUCCUCUCUCCUACCUGUUAAUAUUGAGAGGAAAGUCACUCUGGUGGGACGCAACCUGCACCUGUACCAGGAUGAGGAGCUGGAUUACGAGUGCGUGCUGUCCAUUGAGGGCAGAUCUGUGGUGGUAGCUGCGUUCGUGGAGAUGGAUGAUUCACAGUCCUCUUUGUUCUACAUCACCUGCCAGCUGCACCAGUACUCUUACUCUGCUGCUGUGGAAGAAUACAAUGCUGCAAUCACAGUGAGGAGACGGGGCUCUUUUCAGAUGGACAGUCCUCAGGGUCUCCACGUGAGGUUGUAUAACUGCUCGGUGGGCCGUUCGGACUGCAGCCGCUGCCGCACGGCGCAGCAACAGUACGGCUGUGUGUGGUGUGAGGGCGCCCACUCCAGCUGCGUCUUCAACAGCUCCUGUACCGACCACAUCCAGCACACCUGCCCCGCACCCCACAUACACCUGAUAGAGCCUCUGUCUGGUCCAGUGGAGGGCGGUACUGUGAUUACCAUCUCUGGGUCAAAUCUUGGUCAGAGAGCAGAGGACAUCCAGCACUCUGUGACUGUAGCUGGAGCGCCCUGCAGGGUAAUCCCCAGCAGAUACGAGGUCUCGUCCAGUAUUGUGUGUGAGACUACAGCAAGCGGUGGUGAGAGGAGAGGGCAGGUCUCAGUGGAGGUUAAAGAAGGAGGGACCGGUCAGUCUGUACAGCACUUUCACUACCAGGACCCAGUGUUACUGGGAGUGUCCCCCCUGAAAGGCCCGAUGUCUGGAGGCACGUCACUCACCAUCAUGGGGCGGGGCUUGCGGACAGGCCAGCUGAGUGAGAUCAGUGUUUUGAUUGGUGGAGUGCCGUGUCUCAUUUCUUCUGAACUGGAAGACGAGCAAAUCAAAUGUCUGUCCGGCGGCUGUAACAGAACAGGGGAGCAUGGCGUGACUGUACAGUUCGGUAGUGCAGAGCGCCAUCUACAGACAUCUUCCUAUCACUACACACCAGACCCCAACAUCACGAGUGCUGCUCCCUGUAAAAGCUUCCUCAGUGGGGGUCGUGUAAUUCGAGUUUCUGGUCAGAAUUUGGAUGUGGUCCAGGAGCCUCGCAUCCGUGUGACCCUGAGCCCUCUGGAGCCACACUUUUCAGGGAGAAAGAGAAGGAAGAGGAGGAGUGACGGACACUCAAGGAGAGAAGACAGGCUCUGGCCUCUCAAAAGGCAACGGCGGAUAGUCCCAGAACCCGGCUGUCCUGAAGACAGUCUCUGUGAUGUCAAGCAGAUAGAGGAGCACUGUACAGUCAACAGCUCCACUCUGCUCCUGUGCCCCACGCCGGAGUUGGGCCCAGAGGCUCGACACGCUGUCAUCAAUGUCCACUUCCUGCUGGAUAACCUCAGCUUUGACUUCAAGGCGGUCAGCGGCAGCCCCUUUUCUUAUGAGCUGAACCCCAUCCUCCAUCCACUCAACCGGGGCGACCCCAGCAAACCCUAUCGCCACAAGCCUGGAAGCGUCAUCUCUGUGGAGGGGGAGAAUCUGGAUUUGGCCAUUUUUAAGGAGGAAGUGGUGGCUCUGAUAGGAGAUGGAGUGUGUGCUGUGAAGACCCUCACCAGGAACCAUCUUUACUGUGAGCCUCCAACCCAGCAGCCCUCAGUGUCCGCUUCAAAGAAGCGAGAGGGCACAGACGCUCUACCGGAGUUCACAGUGCGGAUGGGGAACCUGAACUUUUCUCUGGGAAGAGUGCAGUAUGACUCCCAGGGCCAGGCCAUGUUCCCUCUGGAGGCUCAGGUGGGGGUGGGGGUUGGUGCCUUCAUCGUGGCUCUCAUCGUGCUCGUCAUCGUUCUCAUAUACAGGAGGAAAAGUAAACAGGCUCUGAGGGACUAUAAAAAAGUUCAAAUUCAGCUUGAGAACCUGGAGACCAGUGUGAGGGAUUGCUGCAAGAAGGAGUUCACCGAUUUGAUGACCGAGAUGAUGGAUAUGUCCAGCGACUUGGUGGGAUCAGGUAUUCCGUUUCUGGACUAUCGCACCUAUGCCGAGAGAAUCUUCUUCCCUGGCCACCGGGAGUCGCCACUGAGACGAGACCUGGAUGUACCGGCCUGUCGUCGGGUUACAGUGGAGCAGGGCCUCGUUCAACUCUCCAACUUACUCAACAGCAAGCUUUUCCUCACCAAGUUCAUCCACACUCUGGAGGGGCAGAGAACGUUCUCUCCACGGGACCGUGCAUAUGUGGCCUCUCUGCUCACUGUGGCGCUGCAUGGAAAGCUGGAGUAUUUCACAGACAUCCUUAAAACCCUGCUGAGUCACCUAGUGGAGCAGUACACCACCAAGAACCCCAAACUCAUGCUUCGCAGAACAGAGUCUGUGGUGGAGAAACUGCUGACCAACUGGAUGUCCAUCUGUCUUUACUCCUUUUUAAGGGACUCGGCCGGGGAAUCUUUCUACAUGUUAUUCCGAGCCAUAAAACAUCAGGUGGACAAAGGCCCUGUAGAUGCUGUGACAGGCAAAGCCAAGUACACACUCAACGACAACAGGCUACUGCGUGAAGAUGUGGAAUACCGCACGCUGACACUGAAUGUCUUGGUAACCGCCGGGGGCGCAAGUGAGUCUCAGACGGUUCCUACGAAAGUGCUGGACUGCGACACCAUCACCCAGGUGAAGGAGAAGAUCCUGGAGCAGACGUGGAAGGGCACAUCUUACUCUCAGAGACCCUCCACAGACUCGGUGCACUUGGAAUGGAGGGCUGGCAUGGCAGGGCAUCUGAUCCUGUCUGAUGAAGACCUGACCUCGGUGGUGCAGGGGUCAUGGAAACGGCUCAACACCUUGCAGCACUACAAGGUUCCAGAUGGUGCCACGGUCACACUGGUGGCACGGCAGUCCAAACAAGUCCACCAUGACAGCCAUGACUAUGUACCGGGAGAGAAGACUCCAAUGUUGGAGGAUGGAGAUGAAGGGGGGGUGAGGCAGUGGCACCUGGUGAAGGCCAGCGAGGAGCCGGAGCUGUCCAAACACAGACGAGGCAGUCUGAGGGAGAGAGAGCGGGAGAGAGCCAAGGCCAUACCAGAGAUCUACCUCACGCGCCUGCUGUCUAUGAAGGGCACACUGCAGAAGUUUGUAGAUGACCUGUUCACCGUCAUUCUAAGCACCAGUCGGCCGGUUCCUUUGGCCGUGAAGUAUUUCUUUGAUCUUUUGGACGACCAGGCAGCUCAACACAAUAUUACUGACCCAGAAACCAUCCACAUCUGGAAGACAAACAGUCUGCCACUGAGGUUUUGGAUCAAUAUUCUGAAGAACCCACAGUUUAUCUUCGACGUUCAAGCAUCGGACAACGUGGAUGCUGUGCUGUCUGUUAUUGCUCAGACCUUCAUGGACUCCUGCACCAUUGCUGACCACAAACUGGGCAGGGACUCCCCUAUCAAUAAGUUGCUGUAUGCUCGAGACAUCCCACGCUACAAGCAGAUGGUGGAGAGAUAUUACGCUGAUAUAAGGCAGACCAUAUCUGCCAGUGACCAAGAGAUGAACUCUGCUCUGGCUGAGCUGUCCAGGAACUACUCCAGUGAGGUGAAUCACCUAGUGGCCUUACACGAACUAUACAAGUACAUCAACAAAUAUUACGAUCAGAUCAUCACAGCUCUAGAGGAAGACUCCACAGCUCAGAAGAUGCAGCUGGGUUACAGGCUUCAGCAGAUCGCAGCUGCCGUGGAGAAUAAGGUUACUGACCUUUAACCUACAGACCCAGAUCGGGGCUGAAAAAGGACACGAAGGCCAGGAACAGAGAUGGCGCGAAGACUUCGAAAGGCAUGUUCCUUCACUCAAAGCGAAACUGUUUUCCUCGGAUUUGCUCGCUGGGAGAUGCUCAGGUGGUCUUUGGGUGCGUGCUGAGAUUAUACCCUGGGCUUUUCAUGUCCAGCGAAGUCGAGACUGCUGUCCCUGCUCAUGAGGCAGGACUCGUGUGACGUUGACUCUGGGGGAUGCUGACGGGCUUGUCUGGAUCUCCACAGGACCUCGGCAGAAGCUCAGUGAUGUUUGUGAAGAGCAUGUGUUGAAGCUUGAUUGUCUCUGUUUUAUGCAUUGAUGGGAGAAGGUUUCUCGGCAGCUGCAUGAAGGACAACGCAGCUCCUUCCCUGCCAUCUACAGGGUUUUUAUCUGGCUCUUCUCCGAUUCAUUCAUGAGUAAAACGUAGUGUUCUUGAAACGGUUAAAGGGAAUUAUAUACACAUCUGGCUAAUAAUAUAUGCAGGAGCAAGAAGAGAAAAAAUACCAGGUACACAGAAUAUAAACUCAGCGCGUUAACUGCAUAGCAAUACAUGCUGUGUUACACAGGUCAGAUGUACUGUAGCCACAUAACAGUCCACCUUAAAAUGCAUGAAUCUGAUUCAUUUUCCAUCUCCGAAAGCAUUCAGAACUGCUCAGUGAUUGAGAGCGAGCUGAUGACCACCACGGUUAAUUGCACGAUUAAUUCCAUUACAUUUGGCAGCAUGGGAACUGCUCUCUCUGACGUUCGGUACAGUGUAUGAUGUACAGUUCACUUCAGCCUUACUUACAGUCUUGAGAUGUUCCAGUUCAGCCUUUUUUUUUAUAUUAAUGUGACAGAUGCCGGUGAAGCCGAAUAAAACAGACGCUAUUAUCUUA